GUCUCUAUCUCUCUCUCUCUCUCUCUCUCUCUCUUUCACCAGAAAAAGAAAAUAAAAACUGGUUUCUCUACUCUGUAAAAUCAGAGAAACUUCUCUGAUAAAACUUAAUAAGGAAUCAAUUAGUUCUUCCGUUUCUCUUAAUCAUAUCAUCAUCAUCAUCAGCUAAAAGAAUCAAAAAUUUAUUCUUUUUGUACAAAAAAAUUCAAAAUCCCAAAAAUUCUGCUUUUUUUUUCUUUUCCGAUCGUCGUUGUUGCUCCAGCUUGGGGUUAGGUAAUUCGAAGGUUUCUGUGUGAAUUAGUCACAUAAUUGAACUCGAGCCCCCACCAACGUUAAUGCUCCAGAACGUGGAAAACAUUUUUGUCCCUCUCUACUGAGGAAUUUUCAAAAUUUGUUUCACUUUCCUCCAUAGAUUAAAGCUUGGGUUUUUAGGGGCUUCUCUUUAACCAAAACUAAAAAACCAAAACUUUUUUGGGGUUUGAUUUUGCAAAUUCAGAUAGAAGUUUGGAACUUUAGUCAUUUGGGUUUGUCUAUUAGUUCAAAUUGGGGAUUGAGGACAUAAGUAGAUGUUUACCGUUUUGUGUAGACGUUUAUUUUGAAGUGUUAAUUUCUCCUUUUUAGGGAUUUUUUGUAGAUUCUCUGUUUAGUUUAUAAAAUUUUGAUCUCUAGCUUCAUUGAUAGGAAUCCAGAAUUUAGAAUUCAAGGGUAAAUCCAGGUUUGGGUUGUAGUGAAGAUCUGGUUUUUGAGAAUAUAGGGGAGAUAUAGGGUUUCUGGGUUUAUAGCAAUAGAAGGGUUUUGUGUGUUUAGAAUCAAAGAUUAGAAGAAGGUUAAAAUGGCGUCAAGAGUAGAAACAUCAAUGGGUAGUGGUGAGAUUGAUGAAGAAGGUGAUGAGAGAGGUGGUAUGUGGGAUUUGGAUCAGACACUUGAUCAACCUAUGGAUGAAGAAGCUGGUCGGCUCAGGUUCAUGUAUACAGAAAAGAAAUUCUCGGCGUUUUUGCUUCUGCAGCUUUCCUUUCAGAGUCUCGGUGUUGUUUAUGGAGAUUUGGGAACUUCUCCUCUCUAUGUUUUCUAUAAUACAUUUCCUCGAGGGAUCAAAGACCCUGAAGAUAUCAUUGGAGCUCUAUCCCUUAUCAUAUAUUCCCUCACACUCAUCCCUCUCCUCAAAUAUGUUUUUGUUGUCUGCAAAGCAAACGAUAAUGGUCAAGGUGGAACAUUUGCUCUCUAUUCUUUACUCUGUAGACAUGCAAAAGUGAGCACAAUUCCAAACCAACACCGUACUGAUGAAGAGCUUACAACUUAUAGCCGUACUACAUUUCAUGAGCACUCUUUUGCUGCAAAAACCAAGAGAUGGUUAGAGAAAGGUACCUCUAGGAAAAAUUCGUUACUUAUUCUCGUUCUUGUCGGUACAUGCAUGGUGAUCGGUGAUGGAAUCCUUACUCCCGCCAUUUCGGUUCUAUCUGCUGCGGGUGGGCUGAGGGUAAACCUUCCGAAUUUAAACAACGGUGUUGUUGUUGUUGUUGCGGUUGUGAUAUUAGUGAGCUUGUUUAGUGUACAACAUUAUGGAACAGACAGGGUUGGGUGGCUUUUCGCGCCCAUUGUAUUUCUUUGGUUUCUCUUUAUUGCAAGUAUCGGUAUGUUCAAUAUAUGGGAACAUGACCCAAGCGUUUUGAAAGCUUUUUCCCCGGUUUAUAUAUAUCGGUAUUUUAAAAGAGGAGGUCAAGAUCGCUGGACCUCGCUUGGAGGCAUUAUGCUUAGUAUCACAGGGAUUGAAGCUCUGUUUGCAGAUCUAUCGCACUUUCCAGUCUCGGCUGUUCAAAUCGCUUUUACUAUUAUUGUUUUUCCUUGCCUCCUUUUGGCGUAUAGCGGACAAGCUGCGUACCUUAGAAAGUACCCUCAUCAUGUGGAAGACGCAUUUUACCAAUCCAUUCCAAAAAAAGUAUAUUGGCCAAUGUUCGUUAUUGCAACUGCUGCUGCAAUAGUUGCAAGCCAAGCCACCAUAUCGGCGACUUUCUCAUUGAUCAAGCAAGCUCUGGCUCACGGAUGUUUCCCAAGAGUUAAAGUCGUGCAUACUUCUCGAAAAUUCCUGGGUCAGAUUUACGUUCCAGACAUCAAUUGGAUCCUCAUGAUCCUUUGCAUAGCUGUCACCGCCGGAUUCAAGAACCAGAACCAGAUAGGAAAUGCUUAUGGGACUGCAGUUGUGAUUGUCAUGCUUGUCACAACGCUUCUCAUGGUGCUGAUCAUGAUACUUGUUUGGCGAUGCCAUUGGGUUCUAGUCUUCUUAUUUACCGUUCUAUCCCUCGUCGUGGAAUGCACUUACUUCUCAGCGGUGCUCUUCAAGGUUAACCAAGGUGGAUGGGUUCCGCUAGUCAUCGCUGCGGCGUUUCUCAUCGUCAUGUAUGUCUGGCACUAUGGAACUCUCAAGAGGUAUGAGUUUGAAAUGCAUAGUAAAGUCUCCAUGGCUUGGAUUCUUGGGCUCGGUCCUAGCCUUGGUCUUGUCCGUGUUCCUGGAGUAGGCCUUGUUUACACAGAGCUAGCUAGUGGAGUCCCUCACAUUUUCUCUCAUUUCAUCACGAACCUGCCGGCAACUCACUCUGUGGUGGUCUUUGUCUGCGUCAAGAACCUGCCCGUCUACACCGUCCCCCAGGAAGAACGGUUCCUUGUAAAAAGAAUCGGACCCAAAAACUUCCACAUGUUCCGCUGCGUCGCAAGGUAUGGAUACAGAGACUUGCACAAGAAAGACGACGACUUUGAGAAACGGCUAUUCGAAAGCCUAUUUCUUUUUGUCCGCCUCGAAUCAAUGAUGGAAGGUUGCUCGGAUUCCGAAGAUUACAGUGUUAGUGGAAGCCAACAACAACAGUACAGAGACGGGGUCGGAAAUGGGAAUGAGAGUAGGAACAUAUCGACGUUUGAUACAUUUGAUUCUAUAGAGUCGGUUGUAGCUCCCUCAGGUGCAACGAAACGGUCGAGCAACACCAUAACAAGGUCGAGCCAGAUGAGCGGAGGAGGGGACGAAAUGGAGUUCAUAAACAGGUGCAGAGACGCUGGAGUGGUGCACAUAAUGGGAAACACAGUGGUUCGAGCCAGAAGAGAGGCAAGGUUCUACAAGAGGAUAGCCAUUGAUUAUGUUUAUGCGUUUCUUAGGAAGAUAUGUAGAGAGAAUAGCGCCAUUUUCAAUGUUCCUCAGGAGAGCCUUUUAAAUGUCGGCCAGAUUUUUUAUGUGUAACAACAAUGCAUAUAAAGAUCAUGUAAAAUGUUAGGCAUCAUUGAUUUGAUUAAAUAAUGUUAUGUUGCUUGAA